AUGGUGUUCGCCAAACGAUCUCGCAAGAAGAAGAGCCCCUACGGCGGUGCUGUGAGUAGUAGCUCUUCGCACAGCAACGAUGUCGGCGGGAACGGCAUCGUCCAACCGGAAAAUGAGCAACUUCGAGAGCAACAGGCCGCCAGACGUCUUCGCCUCUUCCGCGAGGCUGCCGCGAACGACCCGAACAUUGACCUCAAUGAUCUUGGUGACAUAGACAUUGCGGUUGAUGCUCGAAACGCUGAUAAGGAGCAGCGGCUGGUUGAUGACCUCAUCGAAAAUUCCCCCUAUCCCGAAGUGCGUGCUGCUGUACGGAACUAUGACGAAGACUUGCCCGCAAACACUUUACGUGCUUGGAUUAUUGGGAUGGUCAUGACCACGGCAUUCUCCGGCAUGAACAUUCUGUUCUCUCUUCGCCAACCUUCAAUUGUUAUCACGUCUUAUGUGGCUCAGCUUAUCGCCUAUCCAAUUGGUGUUGGCAUGGCCAAGAUCCUUCCAAACCGGCAAUGGAAUGUAGCCGGGCUGAAGUUCAAUCUAAACCCCGGCCCAUUCAACUUCAAGGAACAUGCGCUUAUCGUGCUGAUGGCCAAUGCCUCGUAUGGCGGCGGAGCCAACUACUUUACGGACAUUUUAGUAGCACAAAAGGCCUUCUACGGUUUCGAUUUCGGCGUCGGGUACGCCAUCUUGCUCGGUCUUACCAGUCAAUGCAUCGGAUUCGGAAUGGCCGGUCUCGUCCGUAUGUGGCUCGUCGAGCCGGCUUCAAUGAUCUGGCCCGGAAACCUGGUUAAUGUUGCGUUUAUGUAUACGCUUCAUGAUCACUCGGAAACGGAUCCUGCGAAGACAAACGGAUGGAAGAUUAGUAGGUAUAGGUGGUUUAUCUACCUUUUAGUCGGGUCCUUUAUCUGGUACUGGAUUCCUGGUUUUCUGUUUCAGGCCCUGAGCGCGUUUGUCUUUCCAACCUUUAUUGCGCCAAACGACGUCACUAUCAAUAAGGUGUUUGGUGGCUUGACGGGAAUGGGCCUUAUUCCACUUACCUUUGACUGGACACAGAUUGCAGGAUAUACCGGAUCGCCACUUAUCCCGCCGUGGCACGCUAUUGCCAAUACCAUUAUCGGACUGAUUACAUUCAUGUUUGUUGUGGCGGCCUCGCUACACUGGAACGGAGUUUGGUAUGCCGACUGGCUGCCAUUUAGCGACUCGAGAUCCUGGGAUAAUACCCAACAUCGGUAUAACGUCACGAGGAUUCUUACUCCGGAUUUCCGUAUCGAUGAGCACAAGUAUAAAGAAUACUCUCCGAUUUUCCUAUCGACAACCUUUGCGCUAUGCUAUGGUCUCUCAUUUGCCGGCAUCAUUUCGCUGCUCUUCCACACGGCAUUCUUCCACUCAAAGGAAAUUAUCAUGCGUUGGCGGGAUAAAGAACAUACCAUGGACGAUAUACACGCUCGAAUGAUGCGCAAGUACCGACAAGUACCCCAAUGGUGGUUUCUUUGUGUUUUCGUGCCUAUGUUCGCCCUGUGUUUUGUUACAUCUUAUCUCUGGGAUACCGGCCUGACCUGGUGGGCUAUUGUCCUUGCUAUGGUCAUCGCCCUGGUCUGGUUAGUGCCGGUAGGCAUCGUUCAGGCCGUCACAAAUAUCCAGCUCGGUCUCAAUGUCUUCACCGAGUUCAUUAUUGGCUAUGCCCUCCCUGGCAGACCGACCGCAAUGAUGAUGUUCAAAACAUAUGGUUACAUUACCAUGUCACAGGCGCUGGCUUUUGUGUCCGAUAUGAAGCUCGGCCACUACCUCAAGCUCCCUCCUCGAACCGUUUUCUGGGCUCAAGUUGCAGCCGCAGCUUGGUGCGUUUUCGUUCAAACCGGUGUCUUCUACUGGGCAAUGAGUGGCGCGAUUAAGGGCAUCUGCACAGAAGACGCCGUGGCUCAUUUCACCUGCCCUGGAGGCGGUGUUUUUUUCACAGCUUCCAUUCUUUGGGGCCUUAUUGGCCCUGCUCGAAUCUUUUCCGGAACAGGCGUCUACAAGAACCUGCAAUAUUUCUGGGCUAUUGGAGCCGCGCUGCCCACUAUUCUCUGGCUCGUCCGCAAGAAGUGGCCGAACAGCUGGGUUCGGUAUCUGAACGCGCCCGUCAUCUUUUCUGGAUACGGCCAAAUUCCACCAGCCUCGCCGCUCAACUAUCUUUCUUGGGGCAUCAUUGGGUUCAUCUUCAAUAAAUGGAUUCGUGACCGCUGGAGGGGUUGGUGGAUGCGCUUCAACUACAUCACCUCUGCUGCGCUGGAUAGUGGUUUGGCCAUCAGCACCAUUGUCAUUGUCCUCACUCUCAGUCUCACCGACACGGAGGCGCCUGCGUGGUGGGGCAACACCGUGGGCUCUAACACUCUGGAUGCGAGGGACAAGGCUUUCCACAAGGUCCUGCAGCCCGGCCAGAAAUUCGGGCCCAAGGAAUGGUGA